UGUCAUCACUAUCGUCUCACAAACGACUACGCGAUUACGUACGAGCCAGUACUCUACAUGCGCUUGCGCUGCUAGCACGUAUUCAAAAUGGCGGACGCAGCACCAACAUUCUGGGAGGAAUUAACCAGCCCAUUAAACUUAGUACUAAUUGCAAUCAUAGUGUAUAUAAUAUACAAAAUAAUCAAAUCAAAUUUCGAAUCUGAGAAAUCAUAUCCGCCACCACCGCCGCCGUUACCAAAACUGAGAAAGGAUCUGACUGUCGCUGAAUUGAAGAAAUACGAUGGAACCCAGUCGGAUGGGAGAGUUCUCCUCGCAGUGAAUAGCGUUAUAUUCGAUGUUACUAAAGGGAAGAGAUUCUACGGACCAGGGGGUCCUUAUGCAGCAUUCGCGGGUAAAGACGCUACACGAGGUCUUGCAACUGGCGAGGUAGCUGCAUCUGAAAACGACGAAUACGACCCAUGCAGCGACUUAACCGCGGACGAAAUAGCAUCGGCUAAAGAGUGGGAAGAACAGUUCAGAGAAAAAUACGACAUCGUCGGCCGUCUCCUCAAGCCUGGUGAGACUCCGAACAAAUACAGCGAUGACGAGAGCGAAGAGAAGAAGGCGCAAUAGACAUAAUGUCAUGUGUGAUAUUGUUGAAUAGGUGAUAUAUUAGAACGGUUAAGGGUUAGUUAACCAGCAUUUUGUAAUAAUGGUUGAUAUACUUAUUAAAUUAUGUUUGACUUUGUA